UGGCGUGUGACUUUCCCUCCCCUUCCACGGGUCUGGGGUGCAAUUCGUAGGAGCAGCCUCGCAUUGGAGGAUAGGAUGGUACCUUGAGGAGAAAUUCGCUGUUGGACCAGCGGCCCCGUCCAUUUCACUCUGGGUGCAGAUUCAAUAGUUUGCGCUGAGCGGGAUCGGCAAACAGUAGCGUUUCCAGCUGCAUCUGCGUGACCUUGCGCUGACUGUAAUAUCAGAGGGAUUUCAGAAAGCAGCCGAGCGGUAAGGUCGUUACCAUGGAGAUUGUCAAGCAUUUAAUAAACGACACCAUAGAGUUCUACAAAUGGACCCUGACUAUUGCAGAUAAGCGAGUGGAGAAAUGGCCUCUGAUGGACAACCCGCUCCCCACGCUGGCUAUCAGCAGCUCCUAUCUGCUCUUCCUCUGGCUGGGCCCCAAAUACAUGAAGAACAGAGAGUCCUUCCAGCUCCGCAAGACGCUCAUUGUUUACAACUUCAGCAUGGUCUUCCUCAACUUCUUCAUCUUUAAAGAGCUCUUUAUGGCAGCUCGGGCAGCACAGUACAGUUACAUAUGUCAACCUGUGGACUACUCAGACGAUCCGAAUGAAGUUAGGGUGGCAGGAGCUCUCUGGUGGUAUUUCAUCUCCAAAGGCAUUGAGUACCUGGACACAGUGUUUUUCAUUCUGAGGAAAAAGUUCAACCAGGUCACCUUCCUGCACGUCUACCACCACUGCACCAUGUUCACGCUCUGGUGGAUCGGCAUCAAGUGGGUGGCCGGAGGACAGUCAUUCUUUGGUGCACACAUGAAUGCACUGAUCCACGUCUUGAUGUAUCUGUAUUACGGCUUGGCCUCCUGUGGACCGAAGAUCCAAAAGUACCUGUGGUGGAAAAAGUACUUGACCAUCAUUCAGAUGGUCCAGUUCCACGUCACCAUCGGCCACACCGCCCUGUCGCUGUACGUCAACUGCGACUUCCCCCACUGGAUGCACUACUCCCUCAUCUGCUACGCCAUCACCUUCAUCGUCCUGUUCGGCAACUUCUACUACCAGACAUACCGCCGCCAGCAGCCCGCACGCCGCGACGCCACCUCCUCUUUGAAGGCGGGCAAGGCCGUCCCCAACGGCAACCUGAACGGCCUGAGCCGAGCCGCCAACGGAGCGCCGCUGAUGGGGAGCAAAGAGGAGAAGCCCCAGGAGAACUCUGGCAGGAGAAAGAGGAAAGGACGUGCUAAAAGAGAUUAGACGGGGGAGGUGAGGCAAAAGGUGGGCUGGGGUCUCUACUCGAAACAUGAAACACUUAAUUUGAGGAAGAUUUAGACGGACGUGUUCGGGUAAGGUUUAUUUCUUUAAGUCAUGUCGACCUGAGUUGUUCUUGAUAAAAA